CAGUCGGAAAGAUGGCGACAGAGCGGGGCGGCGGUCCCGGUUCUUCUCGGCCCGCAGCGGCGGCGGAACACUCGGUGCUGGUGGUGGUGGGAGCGCUGUGGUCCCCCGGGCUGCUGGAGCUCAUUCUGCGGCAGAUAGAAACGGGUGUGCGCUGCUGGCAGGUGGAUCUGGAUGCUUCGGUUCUGGAUCAGCAGCUGAAGCUCUUUGUGUCGAGACAUUCGGCAUUCCUGUCUGAAGACGUCCCAGGUCAGCGGACUCUGCAGCACCGAGGAGAGGUUCUGGACACUCAGGUUCUGGUGAACCCGACCCAUGACAUUGUCUGCUCGGAGGUGCAGCGGCUGCUGUGUGACCCGGCUCGGCACAAACUGCUGGUUCUGGUGGGUCAGCGUGUGGAGAACAGUGGAGACAUUGUCUUACAGCGGGGCUGCUUCUCCUUCCAGAACUUCAUCCAGAACUAUUCUGACCAGGAGGUUCAGAACCUGUUUGGUUCUGCUCACCCGGCCCUGAAGACCCACCUCACCGUCAGCUGUCCGGACUCUGGUCUCUGGAAGGACUCGGACCUGCAGAACCACAACCUGCAGGACUUUUUAAGCAUCCGGAUGAACCCAGAACCCGUUCUGCCUGUAAUGGAGGGUCUGCAGGAGUUCUUGGAGUACCUCUCUGAGUCUCUGGAACCCGAGUCCCCCUUUGACCUCCUGGAGCCCCCCACCACGGUGGGCUUCCUGAAACUAUCCCGCCCCUGCUGCUACGUUUUCCCGGGGGGGCUGGGGGACUCGGCCUUUUUUGCUGUUAACGGUUUUAAUGUUCUGGUUGACGGCGGCUCGGAUUCCCGCUCCUGCUUCUGGAAACUGGUCCGUCACUUAGACCGGGUGGACUCUGUGCUCCUGACUCACGUUGGCGUGGACAACCUGCCGGGCCUGAACAGUCUGCUGCGCAGGAAGGUGGCCGAGCAGGACCAGGAAGCUGCCAGGUCCGCCUCUGAAGAGGACUGGACAAAGAACCUGGUCUCCCCAGAGGUUGGGGUGGUUUUCAUCAAUGCCCCCGGCAGAUUGAAGUCCAGCCUGCCAGAUCCAGGUGAGCUCCGGAGCUGUGACCAGGCAACUCUGACCCUGCAGCUCCUGGAGAGGCUGGCCAUCAAACCACAACCUCUGAGCAGGUCUAACGGGCCCACCAUAGAACCAAUCAUCUUGUUUCAGAAGAUGGGCGUGGGCCGUCUGGACCUGUACGUCCUGAACCCGGUCAGCGGCAGCAAAGACCUCGAAGGUUUGAUGCGACUUUGGCCCGAUGUUGGGUCCAGUGGGAAGACCUCUGACCUUCCCCUACCGUGCCUUGUUUCUAUUUGUGCUUUACUGGUCUGGCAUCCGUCCAGCCCUACGGAGAGGAUUGUCAGAGUCCUGUUCCCCGGGUGCACACCGCAGACCAGAAUCCUGGAUGGCUUGGACAAACUCAAACAUCUGGACUUUCUUAAACAUCCGUGUGUGUGUUUGAAGGACCUCGAAGAACCAAAGACCGAGAAGCAACCGAAGUGCCCAGAGAGUCGAGAAAGCCUUAAGUCCCAGUCCAAGGACCUGAGACCCAGUAGUGCCUUACAGAAAGACAAACCUGCUCAGGUGGACGUAAAAAAAUCAGAGACAAAGAUCCGACCUAAAGCUGCUGGUGAGGCCGCACUCAGAGACAGGAAGGAUGCUGAAGAACAGGCCAAACUGAAGGGCUCUGAUACGAAACCCAAACCAGCCAAACCCUCUGAGAAGCUCAAUCCAAAGAAAGACAGAUCAAAAGAGGACAAGAAAGACCUGAAGAAGGACGAGAAAGUCUCUGCAGCGAUUGCAGAGAAGAAGAAAGACGUUGCAAAGAAGGAAAAUGGAAGUACAAAAAUUAAUAAAAAACUUGAACCAAAGAAAACGGAGGAGAAGAAACCUCUGAAGUCCACCUUGAAGGACGCAAAGAAAACAUCCUCAGGAAGUCCAGACCAAAGGAAAGCUCCAUGUAGAGGUGGGACAUCAAAGAAGGGUGGGACAGUUGACCCUCUAGACAAAGGUAAGACAGAGUCAAAGGACAACCGGAAGGAUGCGGAGCUGACAGCUGGAUUUGAAAGACUCCGACUGGACGGGGAGAAUGGAAACAAUGGGUCUGAUAAGACACCAAUCAACAAGAACCAGAACUCCACCAUGGAAAGUACAGACAAGUUCAGGUCUCUGGGGAUGGACAAAAAAACCUCCUCUGAUUCUGCUGUGAACAGUUUGGGACACACUCCGUCCCUUCAGUCUUUUGAGGAGGACAUUCCUGGUUUUGGUGAGGACAGCAGCCCUGGAGCAAGAGGAUCCAGUCUGGGCUUGAAUGGCUGCAACCAAGGAGGUUCUUGUAGAAUGCCAGAGCUCAGCUCCCUGAGGGAAGGUCUGGAGAACUCUUCAUCCUCUCACGAUAAGCAGUCCAGCCUCCUCAGCUCGGUCCGGGACGUGAUGCCGGACUCGUCCCCCACCAUGACGUCCAUGCCGGCAGAGGUCGGAUCACCUCACUCCACAGAAGUUGAAGGUUCUUUCUCGGAAUGUGUUCUACCUCCUUCAGCCAAAGUCUUGUCCGACUGUCGUAUUAUUGACUCGGACUGCAGUACGGUCCCACCCAGCAGGUCUGUCCAGAACGGACGCUGCGACGCCGGGGACAGGAUGUCAGAACUCAUCUCAGAUGUCCCGCAUGAUGUGGAUCUGUGCCUGGUUUCUCCCUGUGAGUUCCAGCAUCCCAGAGCAGCAGAGAACCAGCACCCGAGUCCUGACCUUACCACUGCCGCCUCACCAGACCUGUCCCAAAUCAGCUCCCAGAACCAGACCAAAAGUGACUGCCCCUCGGCCUCUGGGCUGGAGACUCCACCCACUUCGAUUAGCCCCUCCCCACCAACAGAUUCUGAUGUCCCCCCUGGGACCGAGGAGUGCACCUCCACCGCAGACCUGGACUCUGAUGAAGACUUCAGCUGCCUCAUCAUCCACUCUCAUGACCCCCCGCCGGCUCCAGUCAAAGACCUGCACCCACUGCCGCCUCAGCCCGGAGCCUGCAUGACCGACCCCGAGGCCGACAAGAGCCUGAAGACCUCUGGCGCCAGGUUUAAACCGCUACAGAGAACCGCAUCAGGGAGUAGCUCUGCCCAGAGCGGGAAAUCCAAGACCGGUUCCUCUGGGCCUCUAAAGCUGAGUCUUGAAGCCAAACCUUCAUCUCGAAGUUCUCUUGGUGGAUCCAGAGUUGGACCUGCAAGACCCCAAACUUCAGGUUCCAGAUCUGCUGGUUCUGACAUGGCUGCUAUUUAUACAGACUUGGCUUACCUGCCGUCUGGCUCCGCCUCCUCCACAGUGGACCAGGACCUGUUCAGGCGCCUGCGCUCAUCGUAUUACAUCAUCAGCGGAGACAGUCCGGUGAAGGCGGCGACGAUGAGGAGCAUCCUGGACUCUCUGCUGGAGGGGAAGAGCAGCUGGCCCGACGUCCCGGUGACCCUCAUCCCAACCUUUGAUUCGCUAGCGAUGCACGAGUGGUACCAAGAGACGCACGAGCGCCAGCGGGAGCUGUCCCUCACCGUGCUGGGCAGCAACAGUACCGUCGCCAUGCAGGACGACACCUUCCCUGCCUGUAAGGUGGAGUUCUGA